UGCGAUUCAGUUAGCAUGGUUAAAAUUCUCGGUUUUAUUCUGCUUAGUGGGCUUGCGCUCAUCAGUGCCACACAGCCUGAGGACAGAAGUAUCCUGGAAGAAUUCCAGCGUUUGAGGAAGCUCAAGCCCUUGGGUAUUGAGUUCGCAGACUACUUUCAAAAUGUAACGCUUGGUGAUUUGAGCCUCUUCGACUCCCAGUUGCCCACACAGGAUGAUCUUCAGUGCCUCAAUGACAUAUCCAUGCUCGUCUCGGCUCUCCAAGGUGGACAAUAUUGGGCAUUGAAAAUGAUUGACUCCUGGGGAGGCAUACCAUCUGGUAUUUUCACGGGCAACGUGUACGACUUGGGAAACUUCGACGAGUGCAUCAACAUCAAGAAGGACAGCUUACGUGGAAAGUACUGCUUUUUAGACGUCUCACCCGCAAAAAUACUGGGCGUUGAUAGUUCAUUAUCCGGAAUAGUGAAAAUGAAAACCGCAACUUGCUUUCCGGCUUCCUGUUCGGCCACUCACAUGAACAAGUUCGUGGAUCAGAUAUUGAAGAGGAUACUGAACGUGACUAUACCCAGUACGGCCAUGAGUAUUAGCGACGAUUCUUGCCAGACAGCCGAAAGGGAACCCUGGAAUGGACUGACCAUCUUAACAAUAGUCAUAUUAUCACUGAUGGCCGUUGCCGUGACUUUAGCUACGUUGUACGAUUACUUCUUGGCCAAGAGCCAAGAUCAACUUCCCACGGCUGUCAAGUUGUUUUCAGCCAGGGCCAACUCGCGUGCACUUUUCCGAAUUGUGGAAAACAAAUCGAACCCGAAUGUAAUUGAAUGCCUUCACGGAAUUCGGGGAAUGUCCCUUUUCUGGGUGGUUUGGCUGCAUCAAUAUGCAAACAUAUUCACUUCGCCAAACAUUAAUCGAUUUAGUAUUCUUUCGUGGCUUCAAACGCCUUUUACAAUGUUUUUUCUGGAGGGACCUUUUUCAGUCGACUCAUUUUUCUUUAUCGGCGGCUUGUUGGUUUCAUUGAUUACACUGCGAGUAAUGGAAAGAAACAAAGGCAGACUGAAUGUGCCACUAAUGUAUCUUCACCGUUUGAUUCGCAUUCUUCCCAUUUUGGCCAUGUCUAUUCUGGUCUACACCCAACUUAGUGGUGUUUUGGGUGAUGGGCCACUUUUCAAAGGCGGAUAUAGCAAAAAAGCUGAUUGUGAAAAAACUUGGUAUAUGACCUUGCUUUUCGUAUCUAACUUCGCCAAUGACAUGUGCCUGGAUCAUACCUGGUAUUUGGCGGUGGACAUGCAGCUAUUCCUCAUAUCUCCUAUCCUGCUAUAUGCUCUAUACAAAUGGGGCAAAAAGGCAGCUGCUGCUAUAUUCGUUUUAAUAGUUCUGUUAUCUGGAUGUCUGUUCGCCACCAUGAUGGUUAACCACUAUUCUAUAGGGAGCCUUGACCUGUCUUUGCAAAAGAAAAUGUAUUUCCACACCCAUACUCACGCGGCUCCGUGGCUCAUUGGAUUCUUAUUUGGAUACUUCAUGUACUUGAACAAGGGAAGGAAGUUUAAACUGAACUGGAUAGCCGCCUGGUCUGGAUGGAUUCUUUGCCUGGCCAUGCUCUUCACUUCGAUCUUCGCACUCUAUCCCAAAAUUGAGUCGGGAAAGCCUUGGCUAAUGACCACCCUCGAGGUGUCAUCUUAUUACACCCUGACCCGUGUGGGUUGGCCCAUGGCAAUUGGUUGGGUGGUCUUCGCCUGUAUGCAAGGAUACGGCGGUCUGGCCAACAGUUUUCUCUCCUCUCCGCUGUGGCAACCUCUUACCAAACUGUCAUAUUCCAUCUACAUAUGGCACAGUUUCAUCCAGGAAAUUAACCAGCGAAUAGUUCGAACAAACACAUACUUCUCCAAUUACCAAGUGAUGCUGAAUUUCUGGUCAACCAUGGGUUUCACAGUGCUGUUUUCCUAUCUACUGCACUUGCUUAUUGAGGCUCCUAUUGGUGGACUUGACAUCCUUUUGCGCCCAAAGAUGAAAGCACCAGCAGAGAUUAAGUCGACAACGGAUUCGGUCCAAGUGGGCCAAGACCAUGGAGUUGAUGUUGACUCGAGUAACCAAAGAGAACUGAAAGGCGCUGACUCAACGGUUGAAACACCAGUUGAUAAGGCUGAAUUAGAACAGUAAUAAAUAGCAUAAUUGAUUUAUAUAUUUAAAAA